CAAAAUCUUUAUCUUGAUUGUGCAUAAAAUAUAAUUUACAGGAUUAUUUUUCAAGUAGAGAAGACAAAAAUGGUACAACAUAGAGUGGUUUGGGAAGGAUCAUCGCCAAACAGCAGUGAUGGUCUUGGUUUCGAGGGUCUUCCUGACAUCUGCCAAAUGGAUGAAAACUUGCAAGAAACUCUAGAUUACCGAGACUGCCCACGAUGCAGGCGGCCACGGACGGUCUGUCUCUGCAGCGUAUUGCCAGAAGUGCCUGUGGAGUUGCAUGGCAAGCUGGUGGUACUGCAGCAUCCCUUGGAGCUCAGGAAGCGCAUGGCAACAGUUCCUCUCUUAGAACUCUGCUUGCAGGAGUGCACCUUGCUUCGAGGCCGCAAGUUUUCGGUGGAGAGGGAUCAUGAUCUUAAAGCUGCACUGUACACAGCGCAGCAGAUGGGAGCCCCGAUCUAUGUUUUAUUUCCGGGCCCAGAAGCCAGAGAUCUCGCUGACAUGGUGCAGUUGCACAGCCAAGCGCACGCUUCCUCAGAGCACUUGAGGGAGAUGACAGCAGUGGCAGAGGACGAUACAGAGCGACAAAGCUGUCCGCAUGUGCCCUGGAAGUACCUGCUCAUAGCCAUAGAUGGCACAUGGAGACAAGGCAAGGAGAUGUACAAGAUGCUGAUGCCCUCAUUGGAAGCUUUCAAGCCCAUUGCUGUCCACCUACCUCUGAACAGCAUCCCGCUGGCUAACUGGGACACUGCACUCAAACGAGAGCCAGCUUUGGGCUGCAUGACAACUGCUGAAGCAGUCGCAAGGGCGCUAGGGAUAUUGGAGUGUAGUGACGAUGUGCAGGAUACAUUAGUGGCCCCUUUGCGUCAGAUGACUGCUCUGCAGGCUGCAUUUGAUCCAGCCACGCGCGCUCGUAUCGAAUGUGGCAAUGAGAGUCGGUCCAUAAGCAAGCGGAAUUUUGGCUUCAAGUUGCCAGAGGCCCUUAUAGUCAAGAGUCCUCUAUUUCCUUGAAGGAUGAAGGGAAUCUGCUAUGAUGUUGCUCCAAGCUGUCAGGAUGUUGGGGCGCCUGUAACUUAAGAAAACUCCUCACACUACAGGGCAUGAUCAUGAGAGGGAUGGGGGCUGCUAGGAGCAGCGCUCCUUCAGUGUAUGCACGGGUUGGUCAUGCUGCCAGCAGUGUCAGUGUACAUGUAGCAUGUGUCACUUCCAUAGCUGUCCUUUACUAUAGGCAUGCCUAGUUGGAGAGGCAGGUAUACGUAUUGCAGUUGCUGUGCUUCCACGCAUGAGAUAUCCUGAAGUCAAGCUUAGAAGUGAGCCAACCGCUAGUCUUUCAUUUUGCUGUUGUGAAUUCCCAAUAUCUUGAUCAUGAGGCACUAUCAUACCAUGAUGGCCUCUCGCACUGUUUCGGACAGUUUAAUGGAUCAACUGGGGCC